AUGUCUGCCCAGGAUCGUGUUCAGCAAUACGUCACUCAGCUCGACAAGGAGCUUUCCAAGUACCCUGCUCUCAAUAACCUUGAGAAGCAGACCUCCGUCCCCAAGGUUUACGCCGUCAUUGGUCUCGUCACCUUGUACUUCUUUUUCAUCGUCUUCAACCUGGGAGGCCAGCUCCUGACCAACGUUGCGGGCUUCGUCAUCCCUGGCUACUACUCUCUCCAAGCUCUGUUCACCGCUAGCAAGGUUGACGACACCCAAUGGCUCACUUACUGGGUCGUUUUUGCCUUCUUCACCGUUAUUGAGUCUCUGGUGAACGUUGUCUACUGGUUCCCCUUUUACUUUACCUUCAAGUUUGUCUUCCUUCUGUGGCUGAGCCUGCCCGCCUUCAGUGGUGCUCAGCUCGUCUUCCGAUCUUUCAUCCAGCCCGCCUUUGGCCGCUACUUCUCGCAGUCCGGCUCCACUGCCGCCAACCUGCGCGCCAAGGCCGACUCGAUCGGUAAGAGCGAGUAA